AUGGGUAAGUGGUGGUGCACUUUGGUUUUGAAUUUUCUCAUUGUGCUAAUAAUAUCAUUGUUCUUGGGAGCCACAAUCGAAGUUAAGCCAGUGGCUGUGAGGGGUUUUUCACUUCACACGAAUUCUCGAUGGAUAGUGAACGAAGAUGGGGAAAGGGUGAAACUGGCUUGUGUGAAUUGGGUGUCCCAUUUAGAAGCUAUGGUGGCUGAAGGGCUAAGCAAGCAACCUAUGGAUGUGAUUUCAAGUGCGAUCAAGUCAAUGGGCUUCAACUGUGUUAGGCUCACUUGGCCUAUUCUUUUGGUCACCAAUGACUCUCUUUCAUCUCUCUCCGUUAGACACUCCUUACAGAGCCUUGGCCUCCUUGAAGCCAUUGCUGGUGUCCAAACCAACAACCCCUCCAUCAUAGAUCUUCCCCUCAUCCAAGCUUUUCAGGCAGUGGUGAAAAGUCUUGGCGAGAACAAUGUGAUGGUGAUUUUGGACAACCACGUGACGCAACCAGGGUGGUGCUGCGGUGGUACGGACGAUAAUGGGUUCUUCGGUGACAAAUAUUUCGACCCAAACCAGUGGAUUUUGGGCCUCACCAAGAUGGCCACUAUUUUCAAUGGAGUUACUAGUGUUGUGGGCAUGAGCCUCAGGAAUGAGCUUAGAGGGCCCAAGCAAAAUGUCAACGAUUGGUACAUGUACAUGGUGAAAGGAGCAGAAGCAGUUCAUGCAGCAAAUCCAAAUGUUCUUGUCAUUCUAUCUGGCCUAAAUUUUGACACAGAUUUGUCAUUCAUUAACAAUCGACCCGUAAGCUUGACAUUCAAGGAAAAACUAGUAUUUGAAGUGCAUAGGUAUGGCUUCACUGAUGGUCAAGCUUGGGUUAAUGGGAACCCAAACCAAGUAUGUGGACAAGUGGCUGGAAAUAUGAAGAAAACGUCUGGCUACCUAGUGGACCAAGGGUGGCCAUUGUUUCUUAGUGAGUUUGGAUUAGACUUGAGAGGUACCAAUGUGAACGAUAACAGAUACCUUAAUUGCAUUUUGGCAGUGAUAGCUGAGCUUGACUUGGAUUGGGCCUUGUGGACACUUGUCGGUAGUUACUACUUUAGACAAGGGGUUACAGGAAUGGAAGAGUUUUAUGGACUUCUCAAUUGGGAUUGGAGCCAAGUUAGAAAUACCACUUUCUUGAAUAGAAUCCGUGCCCUCCAACUUCCAUUUCGAGGGCCAGGUAUAUCAGAAGGCAAUCCAUACAAAUUGAUAUUCCAUCCUUUGACGGGUCUCUGUGUCACAAGAAAGUCACAGAUAGGACCACCGGUACUAAUGUUGGGUCCAUGCUCUUUUUCUAAUGGUUGGAAUUACACACCCAAGAAGACUCUAUUAACAAACGAUACAAACUUAUGCUUACAAGCAGAGGAAAAAAUGAAGCCUGCAAUACUUAGCACGCUAUGCUCUGGUUCCAACUCAGCAUGGGAAAUGAUCUCAGAUUCAAAAAUGCACCUUUCAACUAAACUAAGCGAUGGUUCCAAUGUAUGUUUAGAUGUUGAUGAUAGCAACACCAUUGUGACCAAUGCUUGUAAAUGUUUGAGCAAAGAUAAUACAUGUGAUCCUGCAAGCCAAUGGUUUAAACUUACUGAUAGUGGAAGGAGGACAAUCUCGACAACCUCAACAUUAUCCAUGUUAGGUUCACCGGACCUAUUGUGGAAACCAUUAAGCUCAAUGUAA